GCGCCCGGAUAAAGGUUCCGUUCCGUGCGCAGUGCGACUGGAUGCGUCGCUGCUGACAGGGGAGCAGGAGGUUAAGCCUGGGGAAAAGGCGGCAGCGACAGCCUGGCAUCGUCCGACUCCCCACCGUGGUGGGAAGAGGACUCUGGAGUUGAAGCCCCUGCGGAGGAAAUGUCGGAGGGAUGGGGAGGCCCCACCGUCCGCGGCUCCGGCGGAGGAUUAAACCGCGAGCUGUGCCGCACGUUCGGCCACUACAACCGGCACCUAACGCGAUUGCAGCACAACUUGCGCGAAACGAAGAAGUUCUUCCGCGACCUCAAAUACUCCCAAGGGCCCACUGUUUUCCCCGUUGUUGCUAAUGCUGGGCCUGUCGGGGAGGAGCCGCCUGAACAACACCCCGCCCCUUCGGCCGUUGAUAGCGCCCCUGCUGGUGGGGGUGCCUCCCUGCUCACCGGACAGCUAAGUUCAAUUGCUUUUCCCCGACAUGAGGAAGAAUACCUCCAGCUGACAGUAAGCUGUCACCCAUGCUUAUUAAUCUUUGGUCAAAACUGUAAUGCCAAAUGCCAAUUACUCAACAUGCUUUUGGGAAAGAGACUGCUACCUACCACAAAAAUUAGCGAGGAGCAUUGUAAGAGGCGUCGAAUUCGUUUUACACACGGAAGACAGACACGGAUCAGUUUAGCUCUACCAGGACAGUAUGAAUUGGUUCAUAAUUUGGCAGCUCAUCAAAGUAGUUGGGAAACAAUACCUGAGGAGGACUUAGAAAUCCAUGAUGAUGAUGAGGAUCUGGCACAUCAGAUUGCAGAGUUGGAGGUUACACUGAAUCAUUCCUUAUUACAGGAAAUGGAUAUUGUGAUAGCUCCAUGUCGGGGAUUCCAGUCAGCUGAAGACACUUUGGGAGAAUACAUCAACAGCGUUCUUCCAGUCAUCACUUUUGCCAUCAGUGAGGCUGAACUUUCAACCCUGGACAUGAACGAGUUGCAAGAGAUUAAAGAGAAGUUCGCUUUACCCAUCUUCUUUUUCAAAGUAUUAAAUUUAGGAUCUGAACUAAUAUCUCCUCAGAAUGCGGAAACUGAAAAGUCAUCCCUUUUUCGGCAACUGCUAGAUUUAGAUUAUCUUAGUAGCAGCCAUUGCAGUUGUGGAGCUCCUAGCACUGAUGCCAAAGCCCAAAGCAUGCUGGUAGAACAGUCUGAUAAGAUUCGUCUGCUUAGCACUUUCUCCAAACAAGUGCUACAACAGCGCUUGGUAGACGCUGCCACCAUUUUGAACAUUGUACACUACCGUUGCUUAGACAUUUUUAUCAACCAAGCCUUUGACAUGCAACGAGACCUGCAAAUCACUCCAAAGCGUUUAGAGUAUACGCGGAAGAAAGAGAAUGAGCUGUAUGAAUCUCUGAUGAAUAUAGCCAACCGCAAACAAGAAGAAAUGAAAGAUAUGAUAAUUGAAACUCUCAAUAACAUGAAAGAAGAGCUGCUGGAAGAUGCUGCUAAUAUGGAAUUCAAAGAUAUAAUUAUUCCUGAGAAUGGGGAGCCUAUAAGUUCUAAAGACAUUAAGUGCUGUAUGAAGCAAAUCCAGGAAUUGAUAAUCUCAAGGUUAAACCAAGCAGUAGCUAAUAAACUCAUAAGUUCUGUGGACUAUUUGCGAGAGAGCUUUGUAGGCACUCUGGAAAGAUGUCUGAAGAGUCUGGAAAAAUCUCAGCAGGAUAUUUCAGUACAUAUUACAAGCAAUUAUUUAAAACAGAUAUUGAAUGCAGCCUACCACGUAGAAGUUACUUUUCACUCUGGUUCAACAGUAUCACGGAUGCUGUGGGAACAGAUCAAGCAGAUAAUACAACGGAUCUCUUGGGUGAGCCCACCCGCUAUCACCAGGGAGUGGAAAAGGAAGAUUGCUCAGGAUGCCAUUGAGAGUCUUAGCGCAUCCAGAUUGGCAAAGAGCAUCUGCAGCCAGUUCCGAACAAGGCUAAAUAGCUCUCAUGAAGCUUUUGCUGCUUCUUUGCGACAGCUAGAGGCUGGCCAUUCGGGUAGGCUUGAAAAAACAGAGGAUCUUUGGUUGAAGGUGCGGAAAGACCAUGCCCCUCGCCUUGCCCGUCUGUCACUGGAAAGCAGGUCCUUGCAAGAUGUUUUGUUAUAUGGCAAACCAAAACUAGGCCGUGAAUUGGGCCGAGGGCAAUAUGGAGUGGUGUACCUAUGUAAUGCCUGGGGGGGACACUUCCCAUGUGCACUCAAAUCUGUCGUUCCACCAGAUGAAAAGCAUUGGAAUGAUCUUGCACUAGAAUUUCACUAUAUGAGGUCACUGCCAAAGCAUGAGCGGUUGGUAGACCUUCAUGGAUCAGUGAUAGAUUACAGUUAUGGAGGAGGUUCCAGCAUUGCUGUUUUACUGAUAAUGGAACAGUUACACAGAGACCUCUAUACUGGAUUAAAGGCUGGUUUGACACUGGAGACAAGAUUACAGAUUGCACUGGAUGUAGUUGAAGGGAUUCGUUUUCUUCAUAGCCAGGGGCUCGUUCAUAGAGAUAUCAAACUUAAAAAUGUACUGCUUGAUAAAAACAACAGAGCUAAAAUCACUGACCUGGGAUUUUGUAAACCUGAAGCAAUGAUGUCUGGAAGUAUUGUUGGGACACCUAUACAUAUGGCUCCUGAACUCUUCACAGGGAAAUAUGAUAACUCUGUGGAUGUGUAUGCAUUUGGCAUCCUAUUCUGGUACAUCUGUUCAGGGCAUGUGAAAUUACCAGAGGCUUUUGAGAGAUGUGCAAACAAGGAUCAUCUUUGGAACAAUGUGUUCGCCCUGAACGUCUUCCCAUUUUUGAUGCGGAAUGUUGGCAGUUGAUGCAAGCCUGUUGGGAUGGGGACUCUUCUCAGCGCCCUCUCUUGGGCAUAGUUCAACCUAUGUUGCAGGGAAUAAUGGAUAGACUUUGCAAAUUGUACUCUGAGCAGUUAAACAAAGGACUUGAUGAUUCCACUUGAAGGCAUUGUGAAUUUGUUCAGUUAUGUGAGAACCCGGGUUCCCACUUUGCCACUGACAACUCAGUGGCUGUCUGGAACAAGCCAGCCAAAAAUUGAGGGUUCAGGUGAGAUGAUUGAAAUUCCACCUUUAUAUAAUAGCCAGAGACUUCUGUUUUCAAUACACACUACUAAUGUAGCUUGACAGCGCUUCCUUCUUUCUUAAAAAUAAAUUAGGAGACUUAGACCCCAGUCUGCAAGGGGUUUUACCUAUCCAUUCAGGUCAAGGCAGAAGCACUGUUAAGUUUGGAACUCUGGCAGUCAACAAGCUGCAUCUUAAGCUAUAGUUCCUGCAUAACUAGAUGCAUGUACAUCAACCUUUCUGAAUGUUACACAUAUGAAUGUGGAUGAUUGAAAGAAAUAAGAUAGUGUCCCUUCCAAAGGGAGGGUAAUCCUCUAAUUUUUGCAGUGCAGAGAGCUGUGAACUAAUUUGGACUCCUGAUAAUAUCUGAUAUUGUUUGCACAAUGGGAUCAAAGUUCAUAAUGGGAAAGUCUCACUGCAAGAAUAUCCCAAAGUAUAAGCUCACUGUCAUUUAUGAACCAAAUUGCUUUUGGGGAAAUUGACAAAUAGGUGACAAUGGCCUUAUUUUAUUAUCACCAUUACUUUACAAACUUUAAGACAAUACUUCACCCAAAAGUUGUUGAUAUAUUGAAAUAAAAAGACAAGUAACAACUAUUGUCUGUACCCAAUGGACAACCAAAUGUUUUUAAUCAUGGCAGAUUUUGCUUUUCUUUUUUCCCUUUGAAUCUAAAGAAAGGCAAUGACUGUUUUAAACUCUUAAUGUCAACUGGCUAUUUUAAAACAUUUUGUCAGCUUUGUAUUUUUAAGUCAUUCCUUUGAAAACCAUUUAAGAGAAACCUGUCACUUUUCUAUGGAUAUGUCUGACCAUUUUCUUCUUUGGGUUUUAUCAUUUAAUAUUUCCCAUGUAAUUUACAUACUCCAAUACAAUGAUUCAUUUGUUUAUACACAAUUUAGUUUCAUAGCACAAUAUUUUAAAAUGUAGGCUGAAAUGCAGUGUAACUGGCACAGAUCUAGAAUGGGACCAACUACCACUGUUACUUCAGCUGUUUGGAGAAUGAGAUAUACCAUUUUCCUUCAUCUGUAUACCAAGAGACAUAUGCUGGUCCCAUUGACAUAGGAUAACCUGUAUGCUGUGCAAACCUAAUCAUCAUUUUUUCUGGGAGGCACCUUGCCUUGUACAAAGCAGAAAUGGGGCCUCUUCCCUACAUACGUAAAUCACUAAAAACAAAAGUAGCCCCACAGUGCUUUCAGUAGCAAAAUAAAGUUUGUGUGUGUGCAAUAAAAUCAGAUAUCAUGCUUUUAAAAUGACUGCUUCUUACUUAAUUGCAUUUAUUGUUCUGUUGCAGUCUAAAGUUGUUUUGGCACUUCUGUCUAAAAAUUGUAGUAUUUGGCAAAUUUAUCAAAAUAGGCAGCCAUAGCUGUGAACAAAAGCACCUUUUCUCGCAUAAGAAGUUCUAAUAUUGCCACAGAUGUAUUUUUGGACAACCAUUCCAGUCACUUGACAGUAUUAUUUUAUAUCUUUCGUUUGUGCUAUGGUGGCUAGUGACCUUGUUUAGAAUUAGGAGCAUCUCGGUCAGUAUUUUUGGAAAUAUAGAAAUCGUUUAUGUAAUAUAAAAUGAAGCUGUUUUUGAACACAUUGUGUAUAGCUUUUACCAAUCCGCUACUUUUUCACUGUUUAUCUUGUGCCUUUAAAAAAUAAUAGUUGUCAAACCACGCUCUUUUGGGGCUGUCUUCCCCCAUUGACAUAAAAUUGGCUGUAUCACUUCUCGGUAUAAAACAUGCAUGCACUUUUCUGCUGGGAAUAUAUUUUUAUUUGUACUGUUAUCAGUCCUCACAAACAGAUGCCGUAUCUGCAAAAAACAGAUGAAUGUUUUUGUUCCUAAAGAUGCUACUAGUAAAAUACAUUAGGUUUGGAUUUAAACGAUACAUUCCAUUUCUUAUUAGAAAGUUGAGUUUUCCUAGUGUUACUACUACUACUAUAGCAUGAGAAAUGCAGCAUAUAUUGUAAACACUAAAUCUUUUCAAAGGUGAAGGUAUAGGAACAGAAUGUGGUAUUAUUCAUAAUAUUGCGAUGGAUGGAUGAUACCAGCUGUCAAACCAAGAGUCAGAUUUGACAAAAGUAUCCCAUCAGAUCUCUCUAAAAUCUUCCAAUUAUGAUUGCCUAUAACUACUCUCCCUGCUUCCAUUAAAACUUGGUUAAUUUUAUCCCAAUUAUUCCAUACUCAGAAUGAGGCUUUAUUUAUUGAACUGUACUACGCAAGGUUUACAAGUUACUAGCAACUGAAUGGCUAAAGCAGGUGCUCCAGAAGAUUAGGUUGCUAUGUAUGCAGAUCAAAUGAAAUCCAGCUAGUUUACAAAACAGAUAUAUCUGCAAAAAUUACAGCUGGCAGGAUCAAAUUAUUCACAUUGGUGCUAGUAAUUGAUGCGUCCUAGGUGAAACUAUCUGAAGUUGUUUCAUUGCUUCUUUGGGAACUGGCCAUAUAAGUUCUGGACAAACACUACAUAGGAGUUACAUGAGCUACAUUUUAGUUUUAUAAAGCAAGGCUUGAAUUCAGAGUAAAACUGCAUUGUUGUUGUGCUGAAGACACCUAGCCUUAGCUUGCUGGUGCAUUACUCCUACCAGUCACAUUACUAUUUAAAUGGAUUGUGGCAACUGACAUUUCUUUUAUCGCCUCAAUCAUAUAUUGCUUAUGGCUUGAUUGUACAAUGCACAUUGUUCUAGCUUUUUUAAUUAAAAAAAACAAGCUCUACCAUUUAACAGUUUUUAUAAGCACUUCCUUUUUGUUUUUUUCUGUUCCUUCCCCUCCUGUUGUCAGGAUUUGGAAAGUCAGGAGAGAUACUUGAAUCAUCAUUUUCUUCUUUUUAUUUCCAGAGUCAUAGACUUAAUGAGAUGAACAUCAGCACUGCUUCUUUAUUUAAUGUGUUUUUGUGCUAAGCUCUUUUCAUUUUUAGAGAUGUUUAUAAUGCUUUGUCUAUAUCCACUAUCUCUUAGUCAGAAGUUAUCCUUUUAAAAAUAUCAUUGGUUUAUUUUUCUCCAGGGAGAGAAUAAGAACAUAUUUGCAUAUGAAACUCCCUCAGGGGCUUAAAUAGCACUGCAUUUCUUUAACAUUUUCAUUUUGGUCUGUUAAAUUGAUGGUCAACUGUUACAUUUGAUCGGGAGCAGAUGAAAUAUGACAGAGUUGUAUAGUUCCACUGUAAUGCCCGCAGAUUUUGUACUAUUUUUAUUUUAAAUUUUUAAAAACUGAUGUAUUAUAGUGUUAAAGGCAAGAUAACAAACUUACCAAUUAUAUAGGAAAAGUGCAAUAAUAUGGAAAUUCAAAAUUUAAGGACAAGUAUUUUCCUUGUAUUGUGUAAUACUAAUUACUUUUCCACUGCUGCCCCUCUUCAUAAGAUGUAUUUUAAAACAAUGUGAGAAUUGGUUCUUCAUUUAAUGCCAUGAUGAAGCUGUGUUUUAAUAGGUGAUAGAAUGCACUGAAGUGCUGUUACAUAAUAAAUAUUUCAUUAACAUUUUAUGUGACUGAUAUGGUUUAUUCUUUCAAUAAUUGUUAUAGUUUUAUCUGUGACAUCAACUGUGGUGGUGAGAGAGACAAACUGCAGUAACACUGAUGACUAAUUUGACAUUUUAUUUGCUUAAGCUUUGUUGCUUCCAUUAAUAGCAUUUUUCUAUUUGA